GAGUUUCAUACCGAACCAGACGCUCCUUUUGUCGGAUCUGUUUCGACCUGACUCCCCGGGGUUUACCGUUGGAAAAAAAAGGAACUUAAACAUCACCAAAACAAACAACUCAAUUAAAUUAUAGUUUUUAAAGGCUGUUGCUCUCGAAGUGCCGAAAAAGGGCUGUAUCCAUUUGGAACUGCCCACAGAGUCUCCAACAUGAAUGGCAGUACAAGUGUCUCUGCCGCCCCGACUGUACGAAUCAAGUCAGAACCAGAUGAAUGGAGGAAAGAAGACUGUCUGAUGUUACUGGAGAGGAUCCGAAGCAUACUGCCCGAUUUAGACUCUAUGAAGUAUAAGACCACAGAGUCUCACUUUGACUGGGAGAAAGUGGCUUUUGGCGCUUACUCGGGAGAUAUUUGCAAGCAGAAAUGGCAGAAACUCUCCACAGAGGUGCGGAAAUAUAGAACUAUGACAGAGCUUAUUGUGGAUGCCAUUGAAUAUGUGAAGAACCCAUACAAAGGAAAGAAGCUGAAGACACAUCCAGACUUUCCAAAGAAGCCUUUAACACCGUACUUUCGCUUCUUUAUGGAGAAACGAGCAAAGUAUGCCAAGAUCCACCCAGAAAUGAGCAAUCUCGAUCUCACCAAGAUAUUAUCCAAGAAGUACAAAGAACUCCCAGAGAAGAAGAAGCUUAAGUACAUUCAAGAGUUCCAGAGAGAGAAGGAGUCAUUUGAGAAGAACAUGGCACGGUUUAAGGAAGACCACCCAGAACUGAUAGAGGAGAGAAAGAAGUCAGACCUCCCUGAGAAGCCCAAGACUCCCCAGCAGCUGUGGUACAACCAUGAGAAGAAGACCUACAUGAAGCUUCACCCAGAUGUUACCCAGAAAGAACUGAAGGAGGCACUACGCAGACAGUGGUCCCAGCUGUCAGACAAGAAGCGUCUGAAGUGGAUCAGCAAAGCUCUGGAGCUGCAGAAGGAUUUUGAGGAUAGCAUGAGGAUCUACAACGAGGCCCACCCAGACUCCCAUUCAGAUGAGCAUGUCAAGUCCGUCCUGACCAAAGCUGAGCGGCAGCUCAAGGAUAAGUUUGACGGGCGGCCCACCAAACCUCCACCAAAUGGCUACUCGCUGUACUGCGCGGAGCUGAUGGUGAACAUGAAGGACGUGCCGAGCACGGAGCGGAUGGUGCUGUGCAGCAAGCAGUGGAAGAUGAUGACGCAGAAGGAGAAGGACAUGUUCCAGAAACGCUGCGAACAGAAAAAGAAGCAGUAUGAAAUCGACCUCCAGCGGUUUUUAGAGAGUCUACCAGAGGAGGAGAGGGAUCGGGUUCUGACGGAGGAGAAGCUCGGGGGCUCCAAGAUGGGGAACAACCUCAGGGCCAAGUCCCCCUCAGCGAAGGAGCGGUGUCGGGAUCCAGAGUUGGAUCACUGGGUACAGGGUACGGCGAUAAAAGAUAAGAAAGAUGGCAAAAAGAAAGGUCGGCUCCCCGAAACGCCCAAAACGGCAGAGGAGAUGUGGCAGCAGAGCGUGAUUGGGGAUUACCUGGCCAAGUACAGGAGUGAUCGGAAAAAGGCCCAGAAUGCCAUGGAGGGUGCUUGGAAGGCCAUGGAGAAGAAGGAGAAGAUCCCGUGGAUCAAGAAAGCAGCCGAGGACCAGAAGCGAUACGAGGUUCAGUACCGGACUGUGAGAGAGCUGUUGGAGAUACGGACGCCGCAGACCGGACAGGGCCAGCGGAAGCCCAAAUUUGACGGCGAGCCAAAGAAACCGCCUGUGAGCGGGUACCAGAUGUUCUCCCAGGAGCUGCUGACCAACGGCGAGCUGAACCACUUCAGCUUGAAGGAGCGCAUGGUGGAGAUUGGCAAGCGCUGGCACAAGCUGACCCAGCUCCAGAAGGACAAGUACAAGAAGCAGGUGGAGGAGCAGCAGCUGGAGUACAAGGCGGAGCUGGAGGCGUGGGUGAAGUCCCUCUCUCCUCAGGAGCGUGCUGUGUAUAAAGAGUUCUCCACCACGAAACGGCGAAAUACAAGCAAGGCGCAAGGUCCUGGAGCGAAAGUCCGCAUAACCAAGGCGAAGGCGGUAGGUGCCAGAGCCACAGCAGUGGGGGCCGGGGGGGGCAAGCGUUCCAUGGCGUACCGAGCCAAGCAGGACACAUCAGAGUCAGAUGACGAGGACGAGAAGACGGACACGUCAGACUCUGAGGAUGAUGACGAAGAGUCAUCUGGCAGCACAGACAGUGAUGAGGAUGAUGAUGAUGAGGACGAGGUGCGUUCUGAAGUGAGAACUCAUAAUUUAAAUGACGAUGAUGGGGAGGAAGAUGACGACGACGACGAGGAAGACCAGUCAGGCAGCAGCAGCUCAUCCUCAGAGGACAGCAGUGACUCAGACUCGGACUGAACCCCGCGCCCCCCCUCCCAUGAAAGAGGAGGGGCUGUGCAGGACACGCCCCCUCUCUAACGAGGCCCCUUCAUGCCAACAGGCGUCGAGGCAAGCUUGAGGCUGUGACAUCACAGCGGCAGAAGCGUGGCUCCUGCGUCCUCCUCCGCCACAGAGCCAGCAGCACAGGAGGUGAAACAGGAAGUGGGCUUCAAGGGGUGGGGGGAGAACAGCUUGUGCCCCGUCACACAUCUCCCCCCCCAACCCAAGAGACUUUUACUCAUCUGGACAACUUCUGUUGUUGUUUUUGUUUUUUUCCUUUUAAGGAGCUGUGCUACUUGUGUGUUACAUGCAAAUGUUUUUACUGCCUUUAUAUAGGUGUUCUUAAAAAAAGCUAUGUUGCUUCUUUAUUUUUUUUUUAAACUUGGAAAGGAAAGAAUGAAGCUAUUGUUUUUGUUUUUUGAUCUUGUGUGGGAAGGUUAGAAUGCGUCGGUUUGGUGCUGAUAUGGUUGUUGGAGACGGACUGUAAAACGAAGACUAGACCAGCUGCCUGUGUACAUCUUAACCAGAUGUGACGAAGAAGGGUUCUAUGUUCAGCAGCCCUGGUUUGGUCACUUUUCUGGUUAGAUCCUCCACAAUAAAUGCACUUUUUUCCCCUCUUGUAUUCCUUU